AUGUUAAAUAAAUUAAUUGGAUUUAGAAAAGAAAUAAUUAUUGGUAGUUUAGGAAUUGGUACAAUAUAUUUUGGUUAUAAAAAUUUACAAAAUUAUUUUCAAUAUAAUCAAUCAAAUAUUAAAAUUAUUAAAAAUGAAAUAUUGAAUGAGAAUUUGGAGAAGAUAUAUAAUAAUAUAAAUAAGAAAGAUUUAUUAUUAAGAAAUGGUGAUUUGAUAUUUAUAAAAUAUAAUUUGGAUAAAUUAAAAUUCUUCAAUAAAUAUAAAUUAUUAUUAUUAAGAAAUUUAUGUUUUAAUCGUAUUUUUGAUGAUGUUGGUAUUAUAUAUACUAAUAAUACCAAUAUCUAUAUACUCUUAAUACCAUCUAUUAAACUACAUAAUAUUACUAAUAUACAACAUAUUCUAACCAAUAGACAAGAUAAUACUAAUAGAGAAGAAAAUACUAGUGUUACAGUAGAUAAUACUAAUAGAGAAGAAAAUACCAAUACUACAGUAGUUAAUAAGGAUACUACCAGUGGUAAAGUGGAUAAGAAUAGAGGAAUAAUAGCUAUAGAAUUAGAUGAUUUAAUACGUGAAAAUAGACCAGAUUUAAUAUCAAUACGUAGACUUAUAUGUACAAAUUCUAUAAGAGAAAAUUUAUUAAAAUCAAUUAAUUCAACAGUAAUUGAAUUAAGAAAUUCUAUUAGUCCAUUUCUAUACUUAAUUUUAACAAAUUGGUUACAUAAUUUUACUAAUAAAGAUAAAUUUCUAAAUGCCUUGACACUUUAUAAUGAUUUAAAUUAUUCUAAACAAAUUUUAAUUCAUAAUAAUAAACAAUUAUUUAAUACAUUAACAAGAUUACAUAAUUCCUCCGUUACGGUGCUUGGUCAAGCAGAUAGUAGUAGUAAUAGUACUGAGGAUAGUAGUAGUACUGAGGAUAGUAGUAGUACUAAUAGUACUAAUGGUACUGAGGAUAUUAGUACCGUUGGACCAAGCACCGUUACUAUGGGAAAGGGAGCUAAUUUUACAGCUAUGGAGUGUACUAGUGAGAAAAAUAUCAAUGAAAUUGCUGUUGUCACUAAAACCAGGGAGUCAGGUACUUUUUUGGAUAGUAAGGUUACUAGUACUGAGGGAGAUACUAAGGGAGAUACUAAGGGAGAUACUGAGGAAGUUGGUGAGGAAGGGGGUGCUGUUGUAGCAAGCACCGUUAUGGAAGACAUAAUAGAUGAAUUAAUAGAAAUUGAUGAAAAAUUAAAAAAUUAUGAAAUACAAUUAAUUAAAUAUAAUAAUAUUAUUAAUAAUUUUAUACUAUCCAAUAAGAAAUCUAAUGCUGGAGAACUUAAUACUAAUGAACCCACUGUUACAGAAUCUACUGUUACAGAACCUAAUCCUGUAGAAUCUAAUACUACUGAACCUAAUACUAUAUCUAAUACUAAAUCUGUUACAAAAUCUAAUACUGUAGAAUUAAAUAAGAGUUUGAAGAGAAUUAGGAAAAAAAAAUAUUUAAUUGGUGAAAUGGAAUUAAUAAAUAUAAUAUAUAAAAAUAGUAAUUUAUUACCUAAAAAUGAUAUAAAUUUUAGUAUAUAUAAUUUUUUUGGUAUGGAUAGUUUAUUUAAUGGUACACAAGAAUCUAAUAUAUAUUUAAAAUUAUCUUCACCAUUUAAUAUAUAUAAUGGUAGUAUUAAUAAAAUCAGAUUCCAAAAUUUAAAAUAUACACAAAUUCAAGAUAUUUUAGAUUAUAAACUUUAA